CCUAAAGCGAUCAAAGUUUAUGUAUUAAAAUCUUAAUAUUGCCAGGUUGGUUUUCACAGCUGUUUCACAAGGUAAUAUUAUUAGUUGUAAAUUAUCCUUUGAUCGUAGAUAUUUGCUCCACGUUAUUCUUGUAUUCUAGGACCUACAAUAGAUGUUGCAUAGUACACAAGGGUGUACUAAUGAGCGAUGCGAGAUAGAAAAAUAAUAAUUGGGGGACUACUGAAAUUAUAUUAUUUCAGUGUAGAUAAGGGAAAAGGGUAGGUUAAAAUAAAAACAUGAUAGCCAGACAAGCUAUCAAACGAAUUUGCACAUAAAUGGAGUAGAAAUUAGCUGACUUCGUGAUGUGUAAGGUAAAUAACUCUUGUCAAGCAGAUUACACGUUCUUUGCCUUUUCCGAAAGGUAGCAAUGUUUAAGACCGAACAUGAAAUCUAAUGUUAACAAGGUACCCAAAAGUAGCUCGAAUUAAUGUUUUCAUUGUAUUAGCUUAAAGCUUGUUAAAACAGCGAAAUUGUCGCGGAAAUCAGCCUUGUUGGCAUAGCGACGAUGACAAUGUCAUUUACGCCUUAAUGAUCAUCACAGCGUUGAUAAACAACUGACGAUAAUAUUUGGCAUGACAGGCCUCCAUUGAUUUUGUUAAAAUGUUUGAGUCACUCAGCAUAAGAACAAGGCAAAAGCCCCCCUCCUCAUAUCUCUGGUAGGGGAAACACUGAAGAUAUCCGUGUAGCGAACAUUCGUGUAAACUCGAGAGAUCAGGCGUUUACAAGGCUACUAUUGACCAGAGCCAAAAGGAGUGUCAGUUGGGAUUGGGCCUGUCAAAGAUCAGCCACAGAGAUGUGAUUGGGAGGUCUCGCCAGAGCUGUAGUGAAUGCAGUGCACACUUGAGCCAUCUCGAUCAUGGACACAGAUUUGUUGAUCUGCAUCCAUAAAUUCAGCUUGUCAUGGAUGGAAGCUCAAGUUGUGGAUGGCCAUGUGCAGGCGAUAGUUCACUACAGCCCCCCUCCCCUCCUGAGGCCCUCCUGGUGAAGGUGCAGCCUGUCGUGGAUCAAAGCCCAGUGGACAAUUCAACACAGAUAUGGACACGGCCCCUCUCCCCCGAAGACCUCCUAAAUCAGAUGCAGCUGCUCCGCCAAGAGCUUGGCGAGUUGACUGCAUUAAUGCAGCCUGUCGUGGACCAAAGCAGCAACGCUAUGGAGGCUUCACCACAGCGCCCUCCCACACCUGAAUCUUUCCUGUGCCAACAAGGGGUUGCCGACCUGAUUGCAUUAACUGAACCUGUCCUGCUGGAUCAAAGCCCAGUGGACACUUCAACACAGAUAUGGACACGGCCCCUCUCCCCCGAAGACCUCCUAACACAGAUGCAGCUGCUCCGCCAAGAGGUUGUGGAGCUGAGUGCUUCAAUCAGCCAAGUUCUGGAUGAACCCGAGACAAGCUAUUUGGACGCACCGACACCACCUCUCCCUAAAGCCGCCUGGGCCUACAAGGGUGAGCCUCAGAGGGCCCUGAGCCGGUCCUCCAUCUCUAAGAGUGUGUGCAUUUCAUGGCCGUACUCCAUCUACCCUCACUUUGACCUCAUCGGCCAACCAGUUCCUGAGGAGAAGCCUGUGGUAAUGGUUGACAAGGCUUCCUCAACGCCCAAGAAGAUGUCUUUCUGGAGGAGGCUGGUAUGUUGUUUUGGGAAGAGGAACAAGACUGGAUCCACUAAGAACAACAAGGUCAAGAAGAAGACCAAGGCAAAGGGGGAGAAGACCAAGGUCCAGGAGAAGACCAAGGUGGAGAAGGACACUGCCAUGACCAGGGGAUGUUUCUCCACGUAUUUCAACCUCAUAAAACUGCUCACAAAGUAAUACGACAAACGGGUGAAGAAGUGAACCAGGACUUUUAUCGAAUUGUUUUUCCUAUAGAGUCAGCGGGAAAAACCUGGUUGCCUGAUCCAAAGACAAACACAUCCUAUCCAUCAGAAUAUCCCGAAUGGGAGAGAUCAUAACAUACUUAUCAAGGCUGGGGUGGUUAAUGUUGUUAAUCAUGUUUUCAAUAAAGUUUUCUAAAUGA